AUGAGCCAAGAAAUCCCUAUACCGAGGCUUGAGGAAUAUGGCAUUGGUGCUUCCAAUGGAUUUUUGCCCACAGAAUUUCCUGUAACUAAGCUGUCGGAUCCAUACUACAAAAGCUGGGAAAGCGUCGUUGAGAAGUUACCUUCCCUGCUGCUUUCGAAAAAAAUAAGAUGUGUGGUGGACCGCCUGCCUAUCCUUGAUGUGAAGGAGUCUCUUCUGAGCGACGUCAGAGAGCUCAGGAGGGCCUAUUCAGUUCUCUGUUUCAUAACCAACGCAUACGUGUGGGGCUAUGAUGAACCUUCUGAUGUUCUUCCAGACUGCGUGGCCCAGCCACUGCUUAAAAUAAGUGAAAAACUCGGGCUCCCCCCUUUGGCUACUUAUGCGUCACUCGUUUUGUGGAACUUCCAGCCUAUAGUCGACGACCUCGACCUCGCUGGCGAUGCAAUGGACCUCCAAAACUUGACAACUAUCAAUACAUUUACGGGCGGGAUAGACGAAAGCUGGUUCUACCUGGUAAGCGUUUUUUUCGAGAAAGUCGGAGGAAAGUGUCUGAGUGCUGGCCUCGAAGCGAUCGAAGCUGUUAGAGAAAAAAACGAAAAGACACUGUUGAAAAGCUUAGAGGAGAUUGCUCAAGGAAUAGAUCAGCUUGGCUCGCUGCUUAUGAGAAUGGAGGAAAUGUGUGAUCCUCACGUUUUCUACUACAGAAUAAGACCCUACUUGGCGGGCUGGAGGAACAUGGCGGACGCGGGCCUGCCUAAGGGAGUUAAAUAUGGACUUGACGGGCAGUAUCAACAGUAUGCAGGUGGUUCUAACGCACAAAGCUCUCUGAUCCAAGCGCUAGAUAUAUUACUUGGCGUGGAACAUUUUUCCAUGGGUCAAAAGCCAUCUCAAGGAAAUUCGAUGUCAGCAAAAUCUGGGAGCAAUCCAUUCAUUAACGAAAUGAGAAAAUACAUGCCCCUAGAGCACCGCGAGUUUUUAAUAUGCUUAACCAAGGUUUCCAACGUGAAGGACUAUGUUUUCAACCAUAAGUCUAAUGAGAAGCUUACCCUAGCAUUUGAUGCUUGUUUGGCGAUGUUGAAGUCUUUCCGCGACAAGCACAUCCAGAUAGUUUCCCGCUACGUUGUUCUACAGGCCAACAAGAAGCCCCUACCUGGUAAGUCAAAGACUUUAAGAAGCGGGCUUUCCAAGGGUCAAGGGAAGAAGGAGCAAAAAGGUACAGGCGGCACAUCUCUGAUUCCAUUUUUGAAACAGUGCCGUGAUGAAACUGGCAGUGUUGCGGCGAGCGAUUGGGGCAGAAAGAUUCUAAGCACCGGUGUUCUGACUGUUCAGAACUCUAGCAGUAUCACGGGCAUCCGCAAGAGGUCGAGCUCUAGUGAAGAAGGCGAGGCCAUCACGACAAAACGUGUCAAACUUGGCCUGGCCGGUGACUGGGGUUCUGCUGACGAUGACGAUGACGAUGACAUCGUAAGUCGCUCAGGAGGCCACUGGUAG